GCGGGCUAGAAAUUUCUCCACCAAUCGCGUUCAGCCAUUUUUUUGUUGCCCAGCAACUAGGGCACACAACGCAUGCGCAUUGUUCAAAACCAAAUCCCACACGUCCGGGAGAAGAGCUUACUAACAAACCGUUCAGACUGUUGAAAAUAAAGUCUGGGUAAUGCUGCAGAAGCGUAAUGAUGAACAGUCGACAACAUGUUGGACUCCAGAAAGUCUCGGCGCUGGCAGGAACGUUGCGGUCCUCCGUCGGCCCCGUUAAAAGCUACAAGUUCAUCCUAGAUGAAGCGAGUGGGGAGUCGGUUCUCGUGUGCUCGUGCUUUCGUAUCAUUGAGAACCUGGAGCCCAGAUGCUCGGUGGGUCAGCUGGUUCACGAGACCGUCCGAGCCCAUCACAAAGGGUACCGCACGGGGUCGGGAUGCUUGCUGUUCAUCGCCGGAGCGUGGAGCCGUGCUGCUUUGGCCUGCCUCCAGAGAGGGAUUUCAGUUAAACACAUCAUCGCAGCCAUGUCUGAGGGGAUUGAUAUUUGCCGGAACGUUUGCACGAAAUCCUCAGUUUCAUUGAAGGACCUCGCAGGAAUGGGGAAACGCACUGCCGCACCUCCGCGUUUAGGACUUCAGCGGUCAGAGAAACCCAUCACUGGGGCAUCCCGAGAGUCAGCGAAGGUUCAUGAAAAGUGUCUAAACGCCAGAGGACAGAGAAAGGUUAGGCUCAGUAGACAUUUCUGUGAGACGGAUGAUGACGUCUCACAGCUCCCAGACGUAGCUGUCAUCGCUGAGUCUUUGAGCCACGGUUGUGAGAGCGCUAUGAAAUUAGCCGCUGAAGCUGCUCAGAUGCUGAAAGACGAACGAGCGACGCACGUGGGGGAUCCCUCGUUUGACGUCUCCAAAGUGACGACCUGCGCUCUUCCCGGGUUACCAGAGGAGUGCGCGUGUGUCGUUGACGGCUGCGUUCUUCUUCUAUCUGACGAACGGGCUGCGGUCGCCCACGUGCUAAAACAUCGACCCCUGAAGGUUGCUCUUGUUACCGGAGAUCUGUCACAGACCUACCGCCAUCUUGGCUUCAAAGGCCUCCCGGCGGCCCGUGUGCGUGAGCGCCUGGAUUCGUCAGCUUGCGGCGAAGCGGAUGAAUGGAUGGAAAAAGUGUUGAAGCUACUUUUGGACCUGGAAGUGAAGCUGAUACUGACUUCCGGCCUCGCCAGCCAGAAGGUCAUCCAGCACUGCUGCCAAAAUAACGUCCUCGUGGUGGAACAAGUCAGCUCUUCGGUUCUGGGGAUCAUCGCCGGUUCUACUGGAGCCGUCCCAGUGGGCUACGCCACGCAGUUAACCGAGCCUUGUGUCGGCAGUGGCGUUACCCUGGAGAUUUGGAGGGACCUCAGCGGCUGCGAGAGGACGCCUUUAACAGCGGUGAACAUUUCCACCGGCGGGACGGGUGGACCGGUCACAGCGGUCAUAACGAGCCGCAUACGUGGCAAGCUGCAGGCGCUGGAGGACCAGUUCUGGGCCUGUGCUCACCGUUUACACCAUGCACUGAAAGACGGAGCGCUGCUGCCUGGUGCUGGAGCCACAGAGGCGCUUUGCGUUCGUCAGCUUCAAAAGCAAGCAGAGUGCCGCGGCGUGGAAGACAAAGGCAAAACUGGGUCAGCAGCUGAGCUCUACAGAGGUCUGGUGUUACAGCUCAUGGCAGAAGGUCUAAUGGAUUACAUGGCGGCCGUGAUGGUCAACGCCGGGAGGUUCUCUGCAGCCGAGGCCAGGAAUUUUGUCAGCGAGAACCUGCGUGACUUUCACAGCGACGAGAUCGACGCAGGGAAGUGUUUGCAAGUUGUUUUGGAGAGCGGCAGAGAGGAUGGCGUUUUCUCUGCAGCGAAACCAGACGAAGCGCCGACUGUGAAAAUCUAUGAUAACCUGAGCGUGAAGCAGGAAGCGUGGACGAGAGCAUUAGACCUCGUUUUCCUAGUUCUGCAGACUGACGCAGAGAUCAUCACAGGAACUGGCCCAGAAACUGAGAGCAAUCUGAUGCAUUUAUGAUUGUUCCAUAAAAACACAACACCGUUAUUUUUUUAUUGGCUUUAUAGCUUUUACAAUUUGCAUUAAAGUUUUUUUAUAUAUAUAAUUACGAGUUUUCUUGUCAUCGUUCAAAUGAUUUAUAACAUUUAUUACAAUUUCUCUACCACCAGGGGGAGACGUAUACAUGGGAAAUGAAUCUUUUGAAACCCUUUCUAAGUUACUUUUUUUCCCAUUUUAAGUAGCCACAUAAUCA